AUGAGAACUUUGCAUCAGCCAGAGGACGAGGAACUUCUUGCUGAUGACUCCUCGGCACUAUUGACGAGUCUCAAGACAGUUCUACGGCAGAAGUCGAGGACGAUUAAGCUACAAUGGGCCGCAAUCGGUCUCUUACUGCUAACGAUCCCCCUCGUGUCCGUUCUGUCGAGGUCGGAGCAACGUUGUUCGGAGCUUCUCUUUGCACCGUCGCCCGCACUGGAAAGCGUUCUCGACCAUGGCUACCACGAAGAUGUGAUCAACGGCAGCACGCACUAUCACUCUCGUUGGCAGGGACAUCCGAACGAAGACCUCGAUGCUGCUUGGCAUGAUAUCGUCAAUGAAGGGCUCAUGAAGAUUUCUUUCGAACAAGCUGAGUCACUAGGGAAGUCUCUAGAUCAAGCGGUUCAAGUGCCUCCAGACUUGUUGCCAAAGUAUGGCGAAGGAAUCGUUGUUUCUUCAGAUAUGGCGCAUGAGCUCCACUGCUUGAACAUGAUCCGGAUGUAUACACACCAAGACUACUAUCGCAGUCAACCACAAGUACCUCUGCUCUUUCGGCAGAACAACGAGAAUGUCCUACGAAAGCACAUUGACCACUGUAUCGACGUACUACGACAGAAUCUGAUGUGUACUGUGGACACUAGUCUCAUCACGCACAGAUGGAUCGAUGGCCGACCUUUAAUGCAGCCCGACUUCAACGUCAAGAAGAAGUGUCGCUCAUUCGACGCCAUGAUGAAUUGGAUCGAGACCCACGAAAUCAAGGAGUUGAACCGGAGGCCAGGCUAUGGUGUGCCCAGAGAUCAACCCCUGACGAGCGGGCAUGAAAUGUGA